CAUGCUUCUGCGCAGCCCCUCUCUACGUGCUGCGGUCGGUCCUGGGCGUCGUUCAGGCGACACUCCGUUCGUUUCACGCCGAUAGAGAAAUGAGAGAAAGAAACUCGGAUCAGCUUCUUCUUUCGUCAGCUUGUUUUCUGGAGUAUCCUCCCUUUCCCUGCUGCAUAAAAUACCUUUCUGAGGCGCUCUGUUCUGUUGUUUGUCGCUACAGGUUCCGGUAAACAUAUCGGAUGUCCUAUGCCUAGCGCGCAGAGGUCCUGCAACCUGUCGCCACCUUCUCUUCUCCUCCCUGCCACCUUCUUCUUGCUCGGCUCCCGUUCCUGUCACUUGGUUGUUGCCUCUCGUUAUUCUGUGGCGUCUGUUUCUCCCGGCUUUUCGGAUCUUCCCCUGCUUCUGCGUGUGUCCGGACGGAUUUUUUGGCUGUCUUGUUCGUCGGGGCCUUCUCCUGAGUCCGGAUUCUGUUGUUGUUUUUCUCUAAUGAGAACGGCACUUCACUCACAGAUGCAGUGUGUGAAGUUUUGUAUAUAAAGGUGGAUCUCUGUCUUUUUUCUCUCCCGGUCACCCUGCAUGCGCCGCCGCAAGGUCGGCACCGGCACACCUCUUCCGUCUAGAUGCUGGCCUCGACAGCGACAACAAGGAGAGAUAAAAGAGAACGAGACAGUCGAGCGGCAUUGUGUCGCAGAUACUCUCACCCUUCCUGCCUCUGUAGGCACGUUGUGACCACAUCCAGGGUGUUCUCAGGUGCGGCACUUUGCCUCCGUCUUCCCUCACCCCCCCUCCCCCUGUUGUCUGGCGGAUCCAUCUCGGUAUCCAAUCCGAGAAUCCUUGGGAACUCUCUUCUCCCUUUUCCUUCCUCUGUGCAGCAUCUUUUCAGAGCUCUCUCCACUUCUCUUCGUGAUUCUUCCCCCGCGCACCAGGCGAAUGCAGCGAAGGAAAAACCAGAAGCGUGCACAGCUGACCGCGCCAGCCGAGGAGCGGACGCCAGUGCGACACAGGAGACAGAGAAGGAGAAGGAAAAAGCACUCGUGAUGCCAAAGGGAGGCGAACGCGAGACCGGAAGCGUCAGUCCGGAGGGCAUGACCAGCGAAAACGUGAAAAGCCAAGCAGAGGGUUCACAAGGGGACAACGGCGUUCUUCUGGUCGAUAAAACCUCGCCACAGGCCGUUGCACACGCACUAAGAAAGCUCUGUCGGCAUUCUCGUCGUCAGCUUCUUCUGGAUGAUUCUCCUCUUCCGCGGGCUCCUCAAACGCCUAAACAGCAAAACUGCGAAGAGUCGAGUGAGCGGGGGCGCCGCACCGUGGAAACCUGAGUGCAGGAAACGCGAGUACAGGGUACGGCCACCUGGAGAGGGUGGCGAACGGCGAGGCGACAGCAGGCAGGACGAAAGCAAGUGCAAAACCGGGUAAAACGCUCUCCUGAACUUUCUUUUCCGUUGCUGCUGUCUCACUGUGGGUGCGCCGCGACGCGUGCAACGAAAAAACAGCGACUGAAUGAGUGUGUAGGGAAGGCCAGAAAGGGCCAGGACGCUCCGUCCCAGUGAUAUGAGGUUAGACAGUUUUGUGGGUGCGUGUCGACAUGCGGAGGGAAUCUCGGUUGCAGCUCUGUGCAGAAGAAAAGGCAUCGGCGUAUGUAGGCUGGAAGACACGCGUGCAAGCUGCCGCGCAUUUCUGGAAACAAACCUUGUCCCCGCUACAUUCGGGAGCAUUCCAUUCUAUUUGAUCUGGUGUGUCCACACUGAUGCGACUCCAGUCAAAGAAACAGAGACACCGUUGUACCGAAACAACACACGGGGGCCGCCUUCGCCUGUCCCUCUGCAGAACAGCACGCCUUGCGGACCCCGUUUUGCCGGUUGAAAAAAGAGUAGAUUUUACUUGCGUAUUCGUGGAUGAACAGUGGACGCUGGGUCGCAUAGGUGAGCAGAGAGAGAGAGGCGAACCUAUUUUGUGCAUAUGCGGUAGUGUUUGUACACGUCGGUAUGUACACAGCACACACAAGCACAGGGCCGAUCGGACUGGCGUCUGGGACUUUUGACUGAAACCUGCCUACUUUAUUUGGAGCUGUCUGAGCGACUUCGACGCGUUGCGUUCUGUCCUGGGAGCAACGGCGAGCGAUGGCAAUUGGACUGCCAAGCGGCUAAGGGAAAGUAACGUGUCGUGUGGUCGCGUGCGCACAAGCCAAGCCUCAGUUUUCGAGGCUGUUCAGGCUCGUAACCGCGAAUAUCUCUUGGGUAUGACGCCCAGGUGUGUUCUGUUUCUUCUGCGUGCGCAUUUGUGUGUCGGUGCUCUCACGUGGCGGCUUGGCAACUCGAGCAAGGGCUGCAUGUAGAGCGAGUGACAUUCGUUUCGGUUGCGUUUUGUGUGCGGCCACCGAAGCUGUCCUGUGAAGGCGAGCGCAGAUUCAGUUGUGAGGCUGACGGCACAAGAGAAAUCCUGCAUCUCACAUAUACAGUGGGAAAUUGACGCCUCCGUCUCUAACUGGACUUCUCCUCGUUCGGUAAAUCCAAUUUCUGCCUUGACACAUUACCCACACUCACGAUGGACCGAAAAAAGUCGCCACGCUGGGUGGACGUGCGCCGCUUCUACUACGGUCGUGAGUGGGAAACGCAGGGCAGCACGGACAGUUCUGUGCUGAAAGAAGAAAGGCAAGAAACAGAGGUGGAGGAAAAAAAGGGAAAGGCAGAUGGAAGAAGAGAGAUGCAAGAAGCGGGUUUGAUACGCGGAACGGAACGGCGGGUUGUCGCAGCGACGCACUCGAUGAGCCAACCCCUAUAGAGGGGGCCACGCAAACAGUGGGCUCACGUCUGAUCAGCAUUUGAGAAUAUUUGUUGAAACAUACAGGGAUGAAAUGUCGGAGAGCGAUAUGUGUCGUUUGUUUUUGUGUGGCGGGGGGUUUUCGUGUGUCCACACAGACUUCCCGUCCUGCACGGUAUCUUCAAGC